AUGACUGUUUCGCGCGCGUCUCUCGAGACCCUCGAGGAGCGCCUCGUGGAGAACGGCGAGGCGCGGUCCGUUGAUGCAGCGCUGUGUGCUGCGCACAUCCCAGACCGCCUCGGCUAUGGUGACUUUAUUGAAUUCUUUCAGGUUCGGUGGCCGCACUUGUCAAGGGCGCACGUGGCGUCGCUGCUGCUGCUGGCCCGACCCGGCGCAGGGGCGGCAAUUGAAGCCUUGAGUGUACCGAAUUCUGCGGGCUACAGGGCGGGCGGGGCGGCGGCCACGAAACACGUGCGGCCUCGCCACGGGAAGACGAGGUUGAGCCGCUGCUGA